AACGCGGUCUCUCAAACCCUAGCGCGUACGCGAAAUCGCGCCAGAUUAUUCCUGCCGUGAUCAUCGCAUCUCCAUCAGCACUGAUCAGCACUGACUCGACGCCAUUUUGAAAGUACUACAGAAUGUCAAGCAACCCGGCUGCACAUUUCGACCCCGUUGCCGCUGAAAUCGCCAUCGUGAGAGCCCUCGACGAGCUCUGCGCGCGGCGUUCAAAUGUGACGAUGCACCGCGCUCGAAUCGAAGAACUUCGGCGUGACAUAGCGCAUCUACGCGAGUGCGUAGACGCCGAGAAGCAUCGACUUCGCGUCACCGAGCAACGAAUGUCCGAACGCCGCUCGGUGCUGAGGCGAGAGGCCGAACAGCGCCGACGACCCAUGCUGGCCGAAAAAGAAACGCUAACGCAACACAUCGGUAGCGCCGAAUGCAAGCUCUCCGGCGCCAUCGGUCGGGCUAGGAGUCUUGAAACGGAAGAGCUGACGCUCGAAGGCAAAGUGAAGGACCUGCGCGACCAGAAGCGUCACCUGGAAGAGGUCCUGCGUCAACGCAGUGCCCAGUUGAAUCACGUGACCAUGGCGUCUCGUCCCGUGCUCGAAGAGUUUAGAAAGCUGGUCACUCUACAGGACGCCGUGCAGGCGUCGCUGUUCGACGUGCUUCGGCGUCGCGUCGCGUUGGAGAGAGAGCGACGCGAGCGCGUGAAACAAGAGUCCGGACUCGCGUCCGAGUGCGCGUCGUUGAAGAAGGCCCUGGAAUCAGUGACGUCAUCGCUCGACGAGGUUCAACAAGCGGGCGCAGAAGCUGGUCACGUGGGUCACACGCAAAACCGUUGGUACAAAAGCCUGAUGGACAAGCUCGAAGGCGAUGUGGCGGCUUGUCAACGCGAUUUGGAAUCGCUGAGGCAUGCGAUCGGCUGCGGCACUGCUACCGACGUUGCGCUACAAACCACGCUGGAUGUUCCUAACGCUUAGUACCUGUAAAGCAACAGGCCGUUUUUUUUUAUUGUCCCGUUUUCAGAGAUGUGGAAGCAAGCUGCUAAAUAAAGGUGCCCAUUAUUCCUGGCUUUUCGUUCUUCACGCAUGAUCUAUGUCUUUACCGAAGUACAGCCUGGUCCACUGUUAAAGGGAACAGUCGUGCAUCAAUAAAAGCAACGUCACUAAACCAUGUUC